AUGUCUACCUGGGUCGAAAUGCUGAAGUCUUCUCAGAAAACUUGCCUUGUGCAAGAUGGGCGUAAAAAGAUCCAUUAUACCUUCAAAAAUCACACUGAGAUGGCUGAAGAGUAUGAUAUGGCAACGUUUGAUCUUUCAGUUAGAAAAUUUCGCAAGAAAUCUACUUUGGGAUCUUCUGGUCAAUGGGAAUAUGAAAUAGGCGAAGCAACAAAUAUCACCAAUAUAGAAGAGCUCAGUAUUCGUGAAAGCAAUACAACACCUAGAUUUUCAGCAAAAUACAGCAAGAAUGCCUUUCAGUGGAGAAUUCGUAAUUUACCCUAUCCCUUGGAUAAUUAUUCGAUAACAGUUGAUGAUGAAAAGCGACAACUUGUCUUGAGAACUAAAAAUAAAAAAUAUUUUAAAAGAAUUAGUAUCCCCGACAUGGAUCGAUUUCACUUACCAUUAGAUCAAAAUGCUGUAAAACUUGCUCACGCUAAUAACUGCCUAAUAAUUUCGUAUCAGAAGCCAAGUCAAAUAAUAGAACACGAAAAAGCAUUACAUAAAGAACUUCGAAAAAUGAAGGCAUCUAAAGAUGGGGAUGUGGAAUGUAAUCCAAGCUAA